CCGAGAAAAUAUAUGUAUCUUGACUAUAAGUAAACUUCUAUUCCUACCAUAUUUCUAUUUCUACUAAAACAAAAACUGAGCAAAUACUAAACCGAAUCCCAAGAGGAUUCGAUUUCCUUCCUCUAAUAUCUAUUUGCCCGGGGUGGUCCACAUAAUUGUUUGCUCGAUCAGCUGAGAUGCAUAUCUCCAAAGGCCAUGAAAAAACACAAAUAAAUAUAAAUUCCCGUGAAGUUGGAAUAGUGCUCUGGGAAGAUCAUUAUAGGAGAGAGAGUAUUAUUUAUGCCGUCGUUAAAGAUAUUCUCGACGUUGAGAAGAUCAAUAAGAGGACGCCGAGGCCACAGUACUCCGUCACGAGUGCUGCGUCGUCGCCAGAAGCCACCGUGGCCGGAAACCUCUUGACAGUGGACUUCAGCCUCUCCCUCAAGGCCCACAACCCGAACAGGAAAAAUACAAUUUUCUACAGCAACACAACCCAGGUGACCCUUGACUGUGAGGGGCUCCUCCAGAUCAUCGCGUCGUCUUCGUUCCCUUUGGUCGGCCCUUCCACGCUCCCUCCCGGGAAUGACUCCUCCUCCACCGACACCGUCGUCAAUCUCCCCGUGCAAAACUGGCCUCUCCCAGAGGACACAACAUCCUGCGGCAUGAUCUUAACCAUGAAGUUUCGCGCUGGGUUUAAUCAGGAGGAAGAAUGGAAGCGUCCCCGGGUUGAGGUCCGAUGCUCCCCUCUCACCUUCAAUUUUCAAACCAAGAAUUUCACGGGGGACUACGGUAUCAAAGUUGCAACCAUCGUCGUUCUUGAGAUUGUCUCAUCAUCAUCAGCUCCCCCUCCACACCUAGAAUCUCGGCAUCUCAACAUCUCCACUCGGGAUCUAGGGAUUGGGGUUGCAAGAUGGACGCCGGUAGGAGUAGUAAGUUGUGCUAUACCCUACGGGCUACGAUUGGUUGCCACGAUUCAAUUGCAGCGGGAGAGAAGAAACAGGAUGGCGCCUGUUCUGCAAAGCUCUCAGCAAUGGGUGGAGAAAUACCGGCCGAAGCAGGUGAAGGACGUAGCUCACCAGGACGAGGUUGUUCGAGUCCUCACGAACACUCUCGAGACUGCAAAUUGUCCACAUAUGCUGUUUUAUGGGCCUCCUGGCACUGGGAAAACGACGACAGCCCUUGCGAUUGCUCAUCAGCUUUUCGGGCCUGAAUUGUAUAAGUCAAGAGUUUUGGAACUUAAUGCUAGUGAUGACCGAGGUAUAAAUGUUGUUCGCACAAAGAUAAAGAAUUUUGCUGCUGUUGCUGUUGGUUCCGGACACCAAAGUGGUUAUCCUUGCCCACCUUUCAAGAUCAUAAUCCUUGAUGAAGCAGAUUCAAUGACUGAAGAUGCUCAGAAUGCUUUGCGACGCACUAUGGAAACAUACUCCAAAGUCACAAGAUUCUUCUUCAUUUGUAAUUACAUCACCAGGAUUAUUGAGCCACUUGCUUCUAGAUGUGCCAAGUUUCGAUUCAAACCACUUACUGAAGAUAUUAUGAGCAGCCGAGUACUACACAUCUGCAAAGAAGAAGGUCUUAAUAUGGACGCAGAGGCCCUUUCAACCCUUGGUUCUAUCUCACAGGGUGAUUUACGUAGGGGUAUUACAUGCUUACAAAGUGCUGCUCGCUUGUUUGGAUCAUCUAUUUCAUCCAGGGACUUGAUUAAUGUCUCUGGGGUUAUUCCGGAUGAAGUUAUUCAUGCACUAUUUUCAGCUUGUAAAAGCGGAAGUUUUGAUUUAGCUGACAAAGAAGUGAAUAAUGUUAUAUCCGAAGGGUAUCCAGCUUCUCAGAUUCUCUCUCAGCUAUAUGAUUUAAUUGUAGAAGUGGAUGAUAUAUCAGAUGAACAAAAGGCAAGAAUAUGCAAGAAAUUGGCAGAAGCCGAUAAGUUUCUUGUAGAUGGGGCUGAUGAAUAUUUACAGCUGUUGGACGUUGCAAGCAACACUAUGCAAACACUCUGCAACAUGCCACAAGAAAUGAUCUACUAGAGAGAGUACCAUGACUACUAGGAUACUCCCUUUGUGUAUUGAAAAGAUUUCAUCUUGAAGAGUGUAAGCUGUACACCUUUCAAAUUUUAGUAAGGCACACCUAGAAAUCACUGAAUAUAAUUAGAUUUUUACACAAGUUUGAGAAAUACUAACUCUAUUUUGGGUCAAUUU